AUGUCGCAUCAGACCGACCAAGAGGGUGGGGCCAGAUCUAGGGCUACUAAAAAGGCCGCCGCGCAAACCAAUCAAACGAAACGUGCGGCGGGGAAAAAGGCUGAGGUGGGAAAGCAGAAGCCCGGGAAGAAGGCGGAGGACAAGGGGAAGCAACCAACGGCACGCAAGCGUGUUUCGGCCGUCAGGAGCGAUGCGGAUGUUGCCACUGCUGCCCUCGAGCCCGGUCCUUCUGACGACGGCACCAUCGGCGGGAACGAAGACCCUGGGCGUGGCGGCGUGAGUGUUGCCGUCCGGUCGGGGGACAGAGAGGGCUUUGCGAGUGGAGGAAAGCACGGCGACUCUCCCCGCCAAGAUCAGGCCGCAACUUUGACGUCCGUGGCAGAGGCAAAGCAGCAGCAUCUGACGCUGCCCCACCCGCCCGUGGUUGAAAUAUCUGCUGCAGUGAUAGAUAAGGAGAAGGAUGCUGCGCACGAUUGCACGGAGGGGCCGAAACACGACAUUGCCGACGUAGGUGGAUCUCCUCCCUCUGGGGGACGCGGGAGGCGUAGGCAGAGGAAGAGCGAUGGUGAGGAGGAGAAUGACACCCCCGUGGCUGAGGACAUGCCCAUACGCGCGAAGAGGAGGCAGACGACAGCCAGCGGUGACGACGCCGGUGGUGCUGAAGAGGGCGACGAUGAUGAGGAGGAGGAGAAGGAGGAGGAGGAUGAGGAUGAGGACGAUGAGGAGGACGAUGAGGGGGACGACGAGGAUGAGGAGCAGGAGGAGGAGGAGGAGGAGGAGGAGGAGGAGGAGGAGGAGGAGGAGGAGGAGGAGGAGCAAGAGGAGGAGGAGGAAGGGGCGGAGGAGGAAGAGGAGGAGGAGGAUGAUGAGGAGGAGGAUGAGGAGGAGGAGGACGACGAGGAGGAAGAGGAGGUGGAGGAAGGGGCGGAUGAGGAGGAGGAGGAGGAGGAGCCGGCAGGGAAAGGACGGGGCGCGCGAGGCGGACGGGGGAGUGGCACAGGGAAGGUGGGGGGCUGGUCUGGACAAUCCCGGAAACGCGGGGCGGGUGACGCAAUGCGUGCCGGACCAGCGGGCAAAUCGAAGGCGCGUAAGGUGAAGGUUGAACUUGACCGGGGUGGAAGGAAGCAAGUGAGACAGGGAGCUAAAGGCGAUGGAGACGGAAAGGGACCGCGCGCGAAAGGGGUACCUGUGGGUUCGGCAAAGAAAGAACCUGCCCGCAUUGGGCCACCGGUAACCGUGCAACGGAUGCAGCUAGCGAAAGGGGCCGGAAGAGCGAGUGUGGCACCGCUAUCCACAGGAGGACCAAGGUUCUUCACGCCAUACUCCGGCCCGAGCAAAGUCGCUGCGACUGCACCCGGCGCGGCAACAGGCGAGGAAUCCAAAUCCCCUCCACCAGCCCCCGUCACGCACUCCCCACUCGCCUCUCCCUCAUACCCAUUUCGGCCACUACACGCUUCUCCAGCUCGGGGCAGGGCGGUCUCCCCCCUCGCCGGUCCAUCGCGUGUGCAUCAACCAAGCACCUUUGCCAAUCCCUUCCCUGAGCUUCCCUUUUCCCGCCAGCGUGAUAGUGUGAGGGCACACGGUGCUACUGCAGAAGACGUUGAUCCCCUUGGCCAGAGAGGGGUUUCUACACACCCUUUUCCGGAUGUCAUGGAUGCGCUGGCUGAAGGUGCAGAGCACGGGCAGUUUGUUACACGAGACGAGUUCCAGCAGCUAUGGUCUGAGAUGUACGCCAUGUUUGCUCAGCUCGGCCUGCGUCGGGGAGCAACUGCCAGCUAUGCCGGGGGGGCCGCAGUGGUGCCGAUGGGUGGUACCCCGCCGCCGAUGAGUGCCGUGGACAAGGCACGUGUGCUUGUGCUGCAGGAGACCAACCCAUUCCCGGUAUGUGGCGGGUUGGGAUUGACGUGGCAACCAGGGCAGGGUUGGGAAUGA